GUUUCCGCGCGCACAUCCACCAGCACACGACUCUCGCUGGUGUCUUCAAUCGCUUUUGCGUUCCGUAGCUUGUUCGACGCUCUUUGACUCGUUAAACGGUGAUAUACAGCUGGAUUGUCAACAUGCCGCACGGUCAUGACCAUAAAGCCCCGUCGAGGGCCCUAGUGACUGGAACAGUACUGUUCUACUUGGUUGCUGCUCUUUCGAUGGUAAUGGCUAACAAAUGGGUGUUGAACUCUACGGAGGUCCCCUUGUCCUUCCUAUUCUGUCAGCUCGUUAUUGCCGUCCUCCUUUUCCUGGUUGCGCAUGUAACAGGCCUCAUUAAGCUUCCCCUGGAAUUCGACUUGCAAGUAUGCAAAGGAUUGAUACCCAUGGUCGGAUUAAACGUGAUUGGUCUAAGUUUCAGCAACUAUACCCUCGCAUACGUUGAUGCCUCGUUCUAUCAAGUAGCCAGAGGCAUGGUCCUCCCUUUCACCGUCUUUACAUCCUACGUCUUCUUGCAUGCUCGGCCUUCCCUCGCCGUCCUGAUGGCAUGUUCCGUGGUUACCUUCGGUUUCUUCAUUGGCGUAUUCUUAGAUGGCACUCCUGUCUCACUAGUUGGCGUCUCGUUUGGUGUGGCCAGUUCGAUGAUCACAGCCGUCCAUUCCGUGGUUAUUAAGAAGAGCCUCGAGGUCGUGAAGGGCAGCGCACUACACCUUUCAUGGUAUACAAAUUUGCUCAGUUCAGUCGCUCUUAUACCCGUCAUAAUCCUUGCUGGCGAACUACCGAAAACUCUUGCGCUACUAUUUGGGGACCUUCCGUCGCUGCCAGAUGAAAUGAGCCCACUGGCUACCUUCCUGUGGGGAUCUGCUAUCACCGGUGCUCUCGGGUUCCUGAUGAGCAUCGCUAGUCUGCUCUCCAUAAAAGUGACCUCACCAAUCACACAUAUGGUCUCGUCCGCCGUACGCGGUGUUGCUGCAUCGCUCUUGGGAAUGUGGUUGUUCCACGACGUCAUUACAACGUACGUGAACACGGUCCGUUUACCGUCCUGUUGGUCACUGACGGCAUUGUCUCUCACAGUGGUCGGGCGUCUUCAAUUGCCACCAUCCUUGUUGGCUCAAUAUACUACACGUGGGUUAAACACCUCGAGUCUCAAGCACCAAAACAUACCAACGGAUCUGCUCAAUAUGACCGUGUUCCCCUAGAGGAAGUGGAGGCAGGAAGAGGCGGUAAACCGGAAUAGAUGAGAGACACAAAUAUUUUUCAUAUGCUUUUCCUUUGGAACACUUAACUGGACUUCAUCAUAGACGGUAGAUCAAGUACUGAACUAAUAUUGGGCGGGGCCUUGUAAUGCACUCAUCAUAAUGUUGUUUUUCAGUUCGUGGGUCCCGAUUGCAGCACGAGCAGUUAUGCGACGAACGCCAGCUUAAGCUCUAUCGAGACGUAUACAAAAAGCGGGAUAUAGCGAUACCCAUACAGAGCCGCGAAGAAAUAGGUUAAGAGGUCCUUUCAUAACAAUACAUCUUCAUCCUGG